UUCGAGGAUGAUGUUAGAAACAUCUUGUUCUAGUUGCCGCCUAAAACUCUAUGGACUACACUGCAUGUGUCCAACACGACCGACUUUGUAUGGGUAUUUCUCCAUUUGCGUCGAUCACAAUGGGGAUGAUGACCACUGUUUCCAUGUCCCACAUUUGGCGGAUUUCAUCGCUCAGGGGUAUGUAAUUAUUGAUUUUUUCUCCAUGUGUCUUUUCUGGGGUGGCUCCCAAUGGCACAGCGAAAUCUACUAUGUAUGUUUUGUUUUCAUUUUUUAGAGUGAGC